UAGUUACUCGAAGCGCUCGAGACCUUUUAGUCACCCACGCGCGACCACAAAAACCGAAAAGCCUCUCGUCGAAUCGCUUUCCACUGCUCGAUCCAACACGUGCUCUAGGCGCAGGACGCACGCGCCAUUUCUGUCAGUAUCAAUUUUCCAACUGUUUUUCCACUCGGUGUUUUCCAUUCUCACCUAUGUGUGUUGAGGAAAAUCCUAUAAACAAAGCGGAAGAGUAAGCGAAACCGAAUUCACAAACUGUGUCCUGUCUUGUUCCAGCCGUAUAACUCUACAUUACUUGCUCGGUGGCUCGUUCUUCGCUCGUAUAUUGGACGUUCAAUCAUUCUUCGGUCUUGUUCCGAUUCGGGCGCGUUUGGAUACUCUGGUCGCGGGUGGUGUUCCGCGUAAAUUCGACGUUUCGAUUUUUGGUGUUCCUGUGAGCGAUUACAGCCAGUGCUAUUUUCACUUGCCCUGCUUGGUCGUGAAGUGUAUUCCAUUGGAUAAUUGCCGAAAUUAUUGAUAGCUGAUGGUGGUACCCGUGCGAGAACGCAGGAAAACUCGCCAACUGGGUGAGGUUUAAGGAAAAUUUGUAUCGGGAAAUUUUCCCGGAAAGGGGUGGGUGCUAGUGCAGCUGAAUGAAAAAUUGUGUUUUCGGGCUACAAAAAUCAUUGUGUUACGAGUGCACAUUGGAGUUUUUUUUUUCGAGUAUUUCGUUGUGGUCGGCAGUGUGACGGAGUAAAAGUUCAACAGUGAAAUGUCAAGUAUGGAUGAAUAUUAAUGUGGGAAACCUCAAUCGUUCCAUACUUAUUAUGAAUGCCGCAGAUCAGUAACCCUAAAGGGAAUGCGAUGAUAGGGGUUCUGAAAAUAGAGUGAAUACAAGCAACAGUGUCACUUCAAGUGAAGCGAAUCUAUACAUGCCAGAGUAGUGGGGAAUCGAAAAAAGGAUAUCAUCGAACGCACGAGUGGGAAUAAAGAAAAACAAAUUUCACUGCCCGAGUACUAUCACGCCAAGUGGAGAUACCGAAAGGGAGAACGGCAAACCCAAAUAGGAAGGCAAGGUGGUUCACUAGAGCGCAUUCGCCACGCCCUCCCGUGGUGGUGAUUAUGCAAAUUCAUAUCAACCCGGUGCGUGGCUAUUUGCUGGCAUCAUGGUCCUAAGCACUGAGUGGUCCCAGGUGGAGAUAAUCGAUCUCGUCAACGAUGGCAACGGGCUUGGAUUUAUGCUCGUUGGAGGCCGCAGCACGGGUGUGGUCAUCAAGGCGUUGAUUCCCGGAUCGGUUGCCGAGCGCGAUGGCCGCCUCCAGAGCGGUGACCACGUGCUCCAGAUUGGCGACGUGAACCUACGGGGGUUCAGCUCGGAGCAGGUGGCGACGGUGUUACGACAAUCUGGCCAUCAGGUACGGUUGAUAGUGGCCCGGCCGGUGGAACCUACCUCUCCAGAUUAUCAAGCCUUAGCCAGCCAUGCACCGAUCAUUCCUACUAAAAUGCUUACCGAUCCGGAGGAGCUCGACCGGACCCUGCUGCAGACGGCCGGUUACACGUCCGGGGCAUUCUUGCAAUCACCCGUCGAGGAAGCCGAGGAGCUCUGUCCGACCCACAUCGAAGUGGUCGCCGUGAACAAUACAAUAAAUAUCGAUAAUAAUAGUCUAGCGUUAAUUUCCCCUUCGUCGAUUUCGAUUCCACAAGUGCUUAGUCAACCAUUGCUGGAAGCAAUUAUACCACCGCCACUGCCACCACCGGACCCGCAGGAUUACAUGGAUCUUCCGGAGACACCCGAAACGGAAACCUACGAGGUGGAGUUGAGGAAAAAUGUCUACGGGCUGGGAAUAACCGUCGCUGGGUACGUUUGUGAAGAAGAAGAUCUGUCGGGGAUUUUCGUGAAGAGUAUCAUUGAGGGCAGUGCCGCGGAAAUGAGUGGUCAGAUCCAGAUUAACGACCGUAUUGUAGCCGUGGAUGGGAAGUCGCUUAGCGGGGUUACAAACCAUCAGGCUGUGGAAAUUCUGCGGAACACGGAUAUAGCGGUGAAGUUGACUCUGGAGCGAUUCUUGCGGGGUAGAAAGUACGAACACCUGCAGGUGGCUCUGAUCGACACCAGUUCGGCGGCCGCGGCAGCUGCCAGCAAUCCUCAGUUAUCGCAGUGUCACCAGAGGUGCUCAAUGAUCCAGUCUCCAUCGGUAACAACGCUGUCUAUCUGCGCGGCAAAGUCCGACGCGGAUUCCAUGGUGACGGAGUGUGGCGAGUGCGGGAUCGAUCCGGAAAUGGAAUCGGCCACUACGUUCGAUUCGAAUGUGUUUCUGCUGGAGAAUGGGGAAUGCAGUGAAAACGGUCUGUAUGAGAACGGUGCAGUGGUUGCAGCGAUGGCUUCGUCUGCCGGUGCUACGCCUGUGCGGGAGAACAUGGAGUUGGUGUUUGAUUGUCGUGGGGAAGAAGUGAGAAGUGCUUCCCAAAUGGUAACUCCGAUUGUGGAAGUAGAUCCGGUGAUUGAAUUGUGGCAACGUCAGAUGGGAAACAGUCAGGUCAUUUUUGCGGAUAUCCAAAAGUUAUCAGGACUGGGAAUAAGCUUAGAAGGUACAGUGGAAGUGGAAGGGGGUGUGGAGGUUCGACCGCAUCACUACAUUCGGUCGAUUUUGGAAGAUGGUCCUGUCGGGCGAAAUGGGACGUUGAAGCCUGGUGACGAGUUACUGCAAGUGAACGAACACCGCUUGCAGGGGUUGAAACAUAUCGAAGUGGUGAAGAUUCUUAAAGAACUGCCCUCAAAAGUGCGAGUGAUCUGUGCACGCGGAUCAUCCGCCCCUACUGUGAUCAAUACAUCUCAGAAUGCGGAAGCAUUCGAAGCGCGUAGUAUCCUUGCGGGAGGCUUGCAAAGCCUUCAGAGUUUACAAGGCAUUCUAACGAAAGCACAAUCGGAGAGUUCGCUGUACACCUCCAGUACGGCGACGUUGACGGACCAACAGCGGUCCAAAUCAGUCGAACAAGUUUCCGGCUUAGCCCUGUGGACCAACGAGGUUAUAUACUGCAACAUCGAAAAAACGGAACGUGGUUUCGGGUUCUCGAUCUUGGACUACCAGGAUCCGCUGGACACCGAGGGAACUGUCAUCGUUGUGCGUGGGUUGAUCCCGGGAGGGUCUGCGGAGGCUACCAGUUUUAUCUUCCCGGGUGAUCGGCUCGUUUCGGUAAACGAGCACAGUCUUCAAGGCGCCACGCUGGAUCAGGCGGUGAGUAUACUGAAAGGAAUACCCUUGGGGACCGCCCGCAUAGGCCUGUGCCGGCCCCUGUCUACGUCGGAUAACAAUCUGUCGUCCACACCGGAGACUCCCACCACUUAACUACAAAUAAUUGAUCUGUUUUUCGAGCUUGACAUCUAACCAACAACGAUUGCAAGACUCGGUACAUUGACCAAAAGCAGAUCAGUUCCAUUAUCAUUAUGAAGCUACUUUUCCAACAAUCACUCGACAAUUAAUUUAAAGAAUAGUUCAGUACAGCUGGCGAUGUACCGCAAGAAAUUAUGCAGAUAAGUGAAAGAAUAAUUAUCCAUUAGUUGUUACCCUUAGUUAGCGGAAGAUAGUUAAUACUUGGUUGAUGACAUCUGCACCAGACAGCACGAACAGCACGAGGGAACACUAUAGUAUAGGGAUUAUCUUAUUUAAAAGGUGCAGAUGGCAGAUGUUCGGCGAAUGGCGCUAGCAAAAACAAAAGCAGCUGGAGUAGAGUACGGAGAAAAGCACAGAAAAACAAUAGCGUAGAUAAAUAAAUUUUAGUUCUAGCGCAACCAACAAACGAAAACGUGACAAAAUUAAAUGUACAAUCCUGGCUCUGGAUUCCAACCAGAGCGCGCCACAAUACCGGCGUUUUUGUUUUUAAUAAAAUCAACUGAAGCAAAUGCAAAAGAUUAAAACUUCAUGACCAAACGUAA